AACCUCCUCCUGCUGUGGCUUGACCCUCCCUACGAGCUACCUCGCUCACCGACUGACUGCGCCCUCUACAAAGCUUCUCUAUGCCCCUGGCAUCCUGACUGCCUGCUCCACCGAGCUCUUCAGACAUGUUCCGGAAUCGGGCCACUUCGCAGAAGCCCAAUGACGAGCUGAUCGCGAGCUUCAAGGCCUCCUUUCCCCAGGUCAACGCUGUCUCGCGCCCGGCCGCCGUGCCCUCGCAGAACACGGCCUCGGCUUUGGAUCUGGCUCUCCACGGUCACUUUGGGGACACGGACGAUCUCAAAGACCAAGACCCAACCCCGCGAGGCUGCAACGAGCCAUGGCGUUUCACGCCUUCGCUGAUGGACCCCAACAGCUUCGCGUUCGCGUCGUUCGCGAACCAGCCGCCCGGCUACUACACGCCCACGCCUGGCGGUACCAACACGCUAUACCAUAGUCAGGCCGGCGAUCUCCACACCCCCGGGUUCAGCAUGGGGCUGGGCACGCCGCUCUCCAUGCCCACUAGUGAGGGCCUGUCUGGCCAGACCUCGGGAGCCAUGCAUGGCUUUCAGCCUCAUGCUAUUGCAUCCGUACAAUUCCAGAAUCCAAACCCCUUCGCCCUCCCGCCGCAGCUUGCCCAGCACCAGUCGUUUGCACCGCACCAUUUCACCCACCAGCCGUCGACCUUUGAGCCAAUGGCUCAGCCACAGGAAGAGCCUGCACUGGACAGCAUGCCCGUGGAUAUCGAGAUGCAAGAGCAAUCUCCUGUCAUGGGUUUCGCUCCAUCCUACGGGGAACAGCAUGUUCGCCCACCGCCGGUGCAGCAGAAUGUCAACUUCCGUUGGCUUGUCACGCUCAACGCGCCGACUGCAAUGAUCAAGCAUGCAGACGAGGUUCCUGUAACCUACCUCAACAAGGGCCAGGCUUACUCUAUUUCAAUCGUGGACACAUCCCCCGCUCCGCAAAUUCCGGGUGCGCCCCUCAAGUAUCGCACCUACAUCCGCAUUUCCUUUGAAGAUGAACAGCAACGCCAACGGCCGGCAGCCUGCUGGCAACUUUGGAAAGAAGGACGUGGCACGAAUGAGGCUCAUCAACGCGGUGGCCGUCUUCAGGCCGUCGAGUUCGUUGACCCGACGCAAGUCGGGGGCGGCGAUGGCUCUACGAGACCCAGGGUUGAGCUGGAGUCUGCGUCUUUUGACGGAUUUGCCGUGACCUGGACACCGAGCGCCAACGGAGGACUCGAGUGCUCUCUCGCAGUCCGGUUCAACUUCCUUUCCACGGACUUUAGCCACUCCAAGGGUGUCAAAGGCAUUCCAGUUAGGCUCUGCGCCAAGACCGAGGCCGUGAGUGGUGAGGCGCCAGCGCUGCCUGAAGCACCCAACCCGGAAAUCUGUUACUGCAAGGUCAAACUUUUCCGCGACCACGGCGCCGAACGAAAGCUGUCGAAUGAUGUCACGCACGUCAAGAAAACCAUUGAUAAGCUGAAGCAACAGAUUGCGCAGGCGGAGUCUGGUAUGAAGGACUUUGGCAAGCGAAAGCGUGGCUCCGUUGCCAAACCCAGUGUUAACAACAACGACCGCCCUGGAAAGGUGCCCAAGCACAAGCGCACGUGGUCAAUGUCUUCCGCCAGCUCAACGGGCAACCGGCCAGCGGCGGAAGAAGACCUGCACUUGAAGCUUGCCACGCUGCAGGACAUGUUUACCUCCACCAGGCCCACCAGCGUGCUGUAUCUCACAGGCGAGGAGAUGGAUGACCCGGACGCUCAUCCCGUCCACCUUUCUGGCGAGCCUCAGGACCUUACCAAGAUUGACACCAACGAUACCACCAUGUGGGAGAGGCAAAGUGUUCACACUAACCCUACGUCUUCGAUUGUCUCGCCUACUCCAAGCUCGCAGUCACAUCAUUCAGGUGACCGCCGCGGCUCGACCUUCCAAUCGUUUCCGCCUCCAUCUCGCAUGUCAUCCAAUGAAUGGCGUAGCAUGUCACAGACUGCGAUGGGGGACUUGGCCGUCCAGCCCACUGCCGGCUCCAAUGCUCCGGUAAAGGUGCAAAGGUCGUCUUCGGAUCGGCAAGGUAGGCUCACGGGAUGGAUUGAAGCCCUCGGCGUCGAUUAUUCCUAUCAGCCUCCUCCUGAGCGCACAAUCAAGCCUAUCGCUUGCUUCUAUGUUCAACCGAGGUUUGCUGGAAGGCCUUUUGAAGACGAUUACUACCGAGCGGUGUACCUCAUGCAACGCACGUUGAAGGAUCUUGUCAACGCCAUUUCCAUGAAGUGCAACAUCGAACCAACGCGCGUUGUUCGUACACUCAGGGUUAACACGAAAGGAUUAAGCAUCCUUUUGGAUGAUGAGGCCGUCCAAGAGCUUCCCGAAGGCCAAGACUUCAUCGCUGAGUUCCAGGAGAUCACUUCCCAAUCGCCCAUGAAACGCGAGUGGGAUGCUGGACCAAGCGAUAUUCAAGUCGAUGGGGAAGUGGGCGCCACUGAAACAACUUCCACCUCGGGUUACGAGCUCCGGUUGCUUUUCUGAUCCGCACCUAAGUGCGCCUCCACUCGUUAAAACCGCUAAUGACUGGUAAUGACUUGUACUAUUCGUCACCCGAGCGCUGGCAGGAGGCGCUUCAGGGACAUGUCGCUGCACCCGCUGGCGUUUUUGGCUUAAGAUACCAUAUGCCGGCAUUGGCAGCUUUAUCAACGAUACCCCCCUUUGGUUAAUUCUACAAACAUCUGGCAACGACGGCAGCGGAGGUCAAUUGCCUUUGGCAGAGAUUGCGUCUUAGUAUUUCUCA